GAACUGAAGGAGGAGAAAAUUUGCUGUCAGAAUUGACAGUACCUGGAAGUGUAAAAGGAAUAAUUUAGGGAUACUACUCACCACGCAGUAUUAUGCGAUUUGUGGAAUAUUGCUUUUGUUGUUUUUGAAUUAUUACAGAUGUAUGAAAACUCGUAAAAAAGCAGGAUGAGGACGGAUGAUUAUGCCUACGAUAGGGAUUUGGAGCUCGCGCUGGAACUUAGUAGGCAGUCAUAUGAGGAGGAAUCACGGAAACGACGGGAAAAUGCAAAUGCUCAGGAUUUGAUUUGUUGGGAUGAUCUAGAAAAAAAUGUUGCGAUUCAAGAAGUUGAUCAACUUGACGCUAAUAUUCGUAGUCGUUGUCUCACAUAUACUCGCACAUUUCCAAAUGGACAGUCACCUCAUUAUACGAAUAUUCCAACAACGUCAGGAAACACAGGCUUUUAUCCGCACAUAGAACAUGGUAGACGGGAAGUGGAACUGAAGUCGGAUACUUUCACACAUCUGAAUAUCCCUCAUACGUUAUCUGGCAUACAACCAAGUAAUACUUCCGGAACUAGUCAUAAUAAGGAGCGAGAUGGUGUUCUAGAUGCUACCGUAAAAAUGUUAUCGCAGUCAAGCAAUGCAGUUGUUGUUCCUUUCUGUUCCUCUGUUAAUAGUUUGCAAACAAACAGCGAUCUGAUUGAUCUAAGCGAUAAAGAACCAUGGGAAGAAUUUGACCCCCUCUGUGUUACUGGCUCUGCCGGAAAUCGCGAGACUUCAUUGACGUAUAAUCAAGCGAAGGACACGGAAGUAUUACCGAGCAAGAACAAUGAUUUCUCUCCUUUUUUAUCUACAUUGGAACCAUCGUUGUCGAUUCUAUCGUCUCGCAUGGUUAUUACUGAUAAAGGUAGUGAAUCAGCUCCUUGUAAACCUCCAAGAGCACAGAAGAGUGGGCGAGAUGAAUCUGCAGAUUUUAUCGAACAUCAAAUUGAUUUUGACGAAAUACAGUUGCAAGAAAAGCCUUCAGAAGUUGAUCGUGAGAUUGCUUCUCUUCUACUUCGUUCCCCUCAACACUGUGAUCCAAUAUCAAAGCGUUUUAUAUCACCUGUCGUGGAUUAUUUAAUCACAAGUUUUAAAGUUACUAGUGUAAAAGUAAUCGUUGAGAAAGAUUACAGCUGGCCGACAAUAUUAAGUGCAGACGACAGAAUGACAUUCACCUGCGAAACUACAAGUACAAUUCAGUACAUUUUGGCAAAUGUGUUAAAUACAUUCCUUGACCCCUCACAAAUCAAUAUGCUGAAGGGUCGUUUACCGGUCGAUGAGUACGGUCUGAAAAUUUAUGGGUUGGAUGAAUUUCUUCUUAGUAGUUCUCAGCUUGGUGAAAAUCCAUUUGUUGGACAGGCACUUGCUUUUGGGAAAGAUAUACGACUUGAGGUUGGAAAAAUAGCAAAUGACAAUCAACCGAAAAGGAUGCAACAUUUUGAUACAACAAGCGUUGAUGGCAGUUCAAGGCGUUCUUUCCAACCGAAUUCGAAGAAACCUGAUUCUGUAGUGCGAGCAGUGACAAAUGUUCGAGAAAUUUUGGAUGCACUAAAGAAUUCACUGCGUAUUUGUUCGGCUACAGAUCUUAGCAACAAUGCAAUGCAAAAUAAGGAAAGGGUAAGCCAGUCAGUGAAGCUUCUUUGUACUGUUCUGGGUCGCAUUAUGCCGACUGAUCUUUCCGGAGCCCUGCGUUUAUUCCUUGCAGCAGGAACGGCCGUACAACUUUCAAACGCUGUAACAGAACUCCUCACUGUUGUGCAUAACUUCCUUAGUGUAUAUUGCAAAUCUGUUCGAUGUGGAUUCGAUAUCCUCCCUUUGAAGACAUUUUCAAAUAGUGAGCGUGAACAGCGGGAAAUCCUAACAGUGGAUGAGCAGCUAUUAGUGCAUGUUGAUUCAGUCCACAAUAUACCACGAGAAUGGUCGCAGGAGUUCAGCUUGUUCUCUAUUGCUGUCCAUGUAAUGCAUGGAACAGCGGAAAUAUGUCGAGGUGUCAAAGAAAAUCCUCGACCGAUCAUUAAUGAUCAUUUCUUCCCAUACUGUCGGACUAAUACGUGGGCGUGUUUUCGCAUCCCACUUUGCAUUUUACCUAGAGAAACACGUAUUUUUAUUCUGCUUUAUGGAACUGGCAGUUCAGUUUGCAGUGAUCAUGUUCAUUCAUCGAAUGUGCCGACUGAACCGGAAACAUUACUUGAAAAGCAACUUGCUUGUGCUUCUUUCCCAUUGUUCGAUCACGAAGGCUUGCUUCGACAAGGAUCUCUUCUUUUGCCGCUGUCCGUUAUCAGCGGAAAGGUAGUUCAUCCAUGGGGACCUCGACCAUUAUUCGAAACGGAGGAUGAUCUCGUUGUACUUGUUACAUUACCACAACUACAUUAUGAUGUUAUUUUCCCACAUGUUAAUUGCGGUGGAAAUAGUCUGAAACGUGAUUUCAACUCUCUUGAUUCAGACACACAGCAAAAUUUGCUGGAUAUUGUAGAAAGCGGAGUUACUCACAGUCUAACUGAAGAUGAAAAGGAAACGUUGUGGGAAAAGCGGCAUUAUCUGACUCAGAUACCGGACGCUUUGCCUUUAGUGCUUGCUUCUGCUGUUGGUUGGGACUGGGCAUCAUUAACAAAUAUUUAUCAGUUGCUGGAUGAUUGGAUGCCGUUGAGUUCAGUGCAAGCGAUCGAACUUCUGCUUCCGCAUUUCCCGGAUUUCAUCAUUCGUUCGAAAGCUAUAUCAUGGGUAAAGAAUGCUUCGUCAGAUUUUCUGUUCAAUUUCCUUCCUGAAUUGGUCGAGGCUUUGCGAUUUGAGACAUUCGAAGAUUCUUCAUUGGCUGUGUGCUUAUUAACGCUUUGUGCUGGCGACCGUCGUUUUGCUUUCGAACUUUACUGGCAAUUACAACAACGGAUAGACCAGUGUCAGGAAAGGAGUUACUCAAAUCGAUGCAAUUUGUUGCAGCAACAAGUUCUCAGGCUAUUAGAUGAAGAAUUCGGUGUUGAUAUAGAAAAUCAACAUCGGCUUUUGCAAGCGUUAAAUGCUGUAUAUUAUGAAAUGAAAGAGGCCGGUGAUGCCACCAAAGUGCAGCUAACUCUUCAACGGCACCUUGCCUUGCUGGAUGCUCGAAUACUGGAAAACAAUGUACGCCUCCCUCUUUUACCGUCAUUUUUAUGUACUGGUAUAAGUGUAUCAGAAUCGAGUUAUUUCAAUUCACUGACAAAGCCGAUAAAAGUAACAUUCAAAGGGCUGAAAAGCUCAUUUGCAAUUCUGUAUAAGGUUGGUGAUGAUAUGAGACAAGAUGCACUCGUAUUACAGUUAGUGAAAAUGAUGAACGAUAUAUGGUUAAGUCAGGAGCUUGACCUCAGAAUGGUCAUUUUUCGCUGUAUCCCUUUUGGGAAUAAAAGUGGAAUGGUCGAACUGGUUUCUGAUUGCCGUACACUAUGCGAAAUUCAAAGUGCCGUCGGUGCUACUGGUGUAUUUAAGGACGAUGUGCUCAAAAAAUGGCUCGAAAUGCAUAAUCCUUCGGAAUUUCAGUAUAAAAUAGCACUGGAGAAUUUUCAUUUAUCUUGCGCAGGUUGGUGCGUUGCCACCUAUGUACUCGGUAUUGGCGAUCGACAUAAUGAUAAUAUAUUAGUUACUAGGACGGGUCAUGUUUUCCAUAUUGAUUUUGGCAAAUAUAUGGGUGAUUGGCAAACGGCUGCUGGAUUCCGAAGAGAUCGCACACCUUUUAUUUUUACCAGUGAUAUGGCUUACGUCAUCAACGAAGGUUCUCCUCAGUCAGCAACAAGCCGUUAUCAGCAGUUUGUUGAUAACUGUUGUAAAGCCUUCAAUUUGCUUCGAAAAAAAUAUUCAUUACUCGUAAACCUUAUGAAAAUGAUGUCUUGUUCGGGUAUCGCUGGCAUGAAUUUGGAGGCUGUCAAUUUUGUGCAAAGCAAUUUGCUUUUAAAUUUGACUGACACGCAGGCAACUGUUCAGUUUACACGAAUGAUUGAAGAAAGUUUAAAAAGCAAAUUUCCUCGACUAAAUUUCCUUGCUCAUACAUUGGUGCAGAUGAGGGCUACCCCAUCAAUGUUACGAGGCGGAUACGAUGAUCCUAAUAAACUUUCCUUCAUUCAGCAAUUAUAUACAAUGAAGGAUGACGGUCGCAUCACAAGAGUCGAUGUUCUGGCGUUCGAGAAGUGGCAUAUACCAGAAAAAAUUUAUAUGUACAAAGUUGAAGUGAACCGAGAAAACGAAGCAGUCUGCGGUAUUGUGUAUAGGUCAUUUGUGGAAUUCAAUGAACUUUAUAUCAAAUUAUGCAGGAGAUUUCCAUUUGCACAUCUGCCACCACUCUCACAAGGGACAAAUGUUGGUCGCUCAAAUAUACGCAAGGUUGCAGAAAGAAGACAAGCUGACCUUCAGCAGUUCCUAAAUGUGCUCUUUGAAUAUCAUCCUGAGGUAGCAAGUAGUGAUUUGGUCUACUCAUUCUUCCAUAUGAUUUUUCGCGACAGUGCACCUGAAGAGUCCAAUCAAUUUCUGCAGUUGACGAAAGUGGAUGAGGACGACAUACCGUCGAAGAAAGUAACUGGCCGUAUCUUUUUGAGACUUACUUACGACCAGCAGGAUGGAGAUUUGAAUGUAUUUGUUGGUCACGUCAGAGGACUAAAGAUCAUUAACGGUCAAGCACCAGAUUCUUACGUCAAAACAUAUCUACAUCCCGAUCCGCAAAGAAAUUCGAAACGAAAAACGCAUGUUGUAAAGAAUACUCAAAUGCCAACUUUUAACGAAGAACUGAAUUACCAGUUGCUGUCGGAUAUGAAUUUGAUUAAUCGGGCAUUGGAAGUAUCGAUCUGGAAUUGUGGUUCAUUGGUUGGCGAAAAUUCAGUGAUUGGUUCUGUGCAUAUUCCGUUGCGUAGAUUGUUGGAUAUUCCUACGGACCGUAAAGGGAUCAAAAUUCUGGAUGGUUGGUUCAAUUUGAGUGCAGGUUCACGGUUCACUCAAAUAUGAUAUAACAAAUAGGAUAUCAAGAUCUGUGGUGAAAGUAAGGAAAUCUGAAGUGCAGUAAUCCCCCAUUUGCAUUACAUUACGUUUGAUGCUGUUCAGACGUUAACACACGUUUCGUUUAAUCGUUUCAGGUCCAGAUUUCGCGUAGUUUUCUUCAAUGUGAUUAUGUAGAAUUGUCGCGAUUACCGACUUCUUAUUGCGUUUUUUCGCGGUUAUCAUUUAGUACUUCGUACGUUUGCCCUUUAACAGUAAAACGGUCAACUACUCUUUGUGCUUCUAUCGUUUUAUAAUUGGAUGACAUUGUAGUAAUAACAAAUUUUUUGACCUGAAAGCCUUAUUUAUUUUAUGUAGUAUACUGUGCAGUUACUUGCUUUUGUGUUUUGUAUAAUAAUUUGCUUCUAUUUUUCAUCAAGUGAAACUUUUGAAUCUCUUUAUCUCCAGUUUUUUCCUUGUUGAUGACUGUGACAUCAUCGAGUAGAGUCUUUCAUCGCAUUUCAAAUUCAAUACUUCAUAGAAGGGAUAUCAGGUCAUACUUUU